AUGACCGUGGCCAUGGAGGACCGUGAGCUCCAAGCCUUCCUAAAAUGGAGGUCUCACUAUGACCAAGAUAGUGCCGGGUGUCACAUGAAGGAUCUUAUUGGAAGCCUCGAAACCAGUCUCGGAAUCUUCGAACAAUGCACAGAGCCAUUGGCUGACGGGGCCACCGACACGGAGCCUGACAUUGUCCCGGGGAAGUCAACAUACAUACGACCUUCCAGAGCAAAGGCGGCCGUGGCGGCGCGUAUACAGCGCGAGAGCACGGAACUGUUUCAAUCUGCCUUCGACGAGGUUCGAGGCAUCACCGUCGUCUCUGGCUAUCAAUCCAUCCUCGAUAUCCGAAUUGGUGAAGUGCACCAGCAGGCGAAGGGCAAGCGCUCUGGAUCCUCGAAACUCAAAAGCCAGCCUGAUUUCGCCAUACGAAGACCCGAGAAGGGCGACAAACGGUCGUACGGCUGGAACGAUCGGUUUACUAACGUCCUGUGUAAGAUGAUGUAUGUCUCUGGCGAGACCGCCGAGCCGUCAGUUGAGACCACGAGCAUGAUCGAAGACAUCGUCCGUCAGCAGGUCAUUGAACUGCUUCGAAAUUGUACUGAGCUUGCAGCCCGUCGCGGCGCCCGAGCCAUCACAAUCAACGAUCUCAUCUUCCAGAUUCGUCACGACCAGGCCAAGGUCUCGCGGCUGCGGACGUUCCUCUCCUGGAAGGAUGUCAGAAAGAACGUUAAAGAUUCGGACGAUAAGGGUGGUGAAGCUGAUCUUGGCGCUGGUGAAGAUCCCGUUGGUGGCGUGGUGCCUGGUGGCCCAGUCGAUGAUGCUACUAAGAAGAACAAGAAAGCCAAGGUCGGUCUCCCUUGGGAGCCGUUGUCGUUCUACAGCCAAGAAGUUCCCGAACGCGACGAUGAGGAAGACGAGGAGGAGGAGGAGAUGAACUUCAUUACCCUUCAGCGUCUCCGUAAGGCCGAUGAGCGCACCAAGGCCAUGACGAAGGAGGAGUACGUAACCUGGUCCGAGUAUCGCCAAGCCUCUUUCACUUACCGCAAGGGCAAGCGAUUCCGCGAGUGGGCUGGCUUUGGCAUUGUCACUGACAGUAAGCCUUCCGAUGAUAUCGUCGACAUCCUGGGCUUCUUGACGUUUGAGAUGGUGCAGACUCUCACCGAGCACGCACUCAAGGUUAAGGAGCAAGAGGAUCUGUUCAAAGCACAGAGCGGCGGCGAGAAUGCGGGCUCGAAGAAGCGCAAGGUAGCGACUGGUCUGUUCGACCCGCCCAGCGAGGGCAGAAGCCCCAUUGAGCCUCGCCAUGUCCAGGAGGCCUUCAGACGCCUUCAGCAGCGCCCCAAGAAGACCCGAGCCAUGCUCAACGGCUCGAGACUGCCGCAGCAUACUGCUCUCAACAUCUUCUGA